AUGGGAGCCACUGAGCCCGGCGGCAGCAAGAGCCGGAGGCUGCUUUCCUCUCUGCGGCCCUGGAAGGCCGCCCGGCGGCUGUGGAGGACGCGCUCGGCUCCCAAGGCGGCACAGGGUGAGUGUGGGCGCGGCCGGGGACCUGGGGCUGUGCGCGGCCGGUGCCCGCCACCCAGGGCGGCAGCGCGGGCCGCGUUCCCCGACCCGGGCCUGCGGGCGGGGGCGGCGUGGCCAGGAGGUCCGGCCGGGCGAUCCUGCAGCCGACCCUCGGCCGCGGGAACGAGACAGGUCCCCGAGCUCACCCGGGGCCGGUGGACCAAGCGCGGGGUCCGGUGUCGGCGCUGUCCCCGCGCCCUCUCCGCUCCUCGGCCCCAUAGGCGUCUCCCGUAG